CAGACUGCUAAAUUCAUAACUUGCCGAAUCCUAAAAACUUAGUAGACAAUGCAACUUUGACACAGGCCACACACGUUGAACACUUGUUGGCUAAGUUUUCAUCCUCAGUUACUUACUUACAUAUGGUUACAAACGAGACAAAUCAGCAAUUAUGUUACUAACAAAACGUCGAAGAUAUCUCCCUCGUAAAAUAGCAUUUUAGUGACGUGCGAAAAUACUUUAAACGCCAACGCGCCUGCAGAAUACUAUACUCAUAAUUAUAUAAGUCCCCACAUUAUUGUCAUCAGGAUUGUCAAAUUGUCAACCAUCCACCAAACUUGACUACGAAUCGUGCUGAAUACAGAAUUUGUUAAAAUGUGAAGAGACACAAGCAUGAACAAUAAUAGAAGUUACGUACAUAUGUAUAUGUAUAAUUUUUAGAAUGAAAUGGCGUAAAGUGUGUAUCUCUGGAGAUAUAUCGCGUCUAGAUGGGAAAUUCCAAAUGAUAAAAAAUUUGUUUGAAAUCGAGAUAUUGUGGCUGUGUUUAAAAUGUCAGAAGUCGUCGAUACAGAACUAUUAGUGAAUUGCACAAUACUCGCUUUCAGGCGAUUUGACCUCAAUACAAUUGUUAACUCGUCAACAUUAAAUAGCCUUAACCGGACGGAAAUUAUCAGUCUGCUGUCAGGAAUAAUAGAGAAUAAGGACAACUUGGAAAACAUUAACGAAGCGAAGGACUUCUUAACCGAAUGUUUAUUUCCGUCACCGACGCGACCGUAUGAAUUGCCAUGGGAACAAAAAACAAUUUGGGCCAUUAUUUUCGGGGUCAUGCUGUUUGUGGCAAUCGCUGGAAAUUGUAUUGUGCUAUGGAUUGUUGCUGGUCAUCGCAGCAUGCGAACCGUUACCAAUUAUUUCUUGCUUAAUUUGAGCAUCGCCGAUUUGCUAAUGUCCUCGCUGAAUUGUGUUUUUAAUUUCAUUUUUAUGCUGAACUCCGACUGGCCAUUCGGUUCAAUUUAUUGUACCAUAAACAAUUUCAUGGCAAACGUUACUGUAUCGACAUCGGUUUUUACAUUGGUUGCUAUCUCAUUAGACAGGUAUAUUGCGAUUGUCCAUCCUUUGAAAAGGCGAACGUCACGACGGAAAGUGCGCGUUAUCCUACUUCUGAUUUGGGUUCUUAGUUGUUUAUUGGCAGCACCUUGUUUAAUGUAUUCCAGCACAAUGACAAAAAGAUACUAUAAUGGUAAAUCGCGGACUGUGUGCUUCAUGUUAUGGCCAGAUGGUCGUUAUCCAACCUCGAUAGCGGAUUAUGCUUACAACAUUAUUCUGCUCAUCCUCACAUAUGGUUUUCCUAUGGUUGUUAUGCUUAUAUGUUACACCCUAAUGGGUCGCGUUCUCUGGGGAAGCCGUUCCAUUGGAGAAAAUACUGAUCGCCAAAUGGAAUCAAUGAGAUCGAAGCGUAAAGUAGUCCGAAUGUUUAUUGCCAUUGUUUCAAUAUUUGCUAUUUGCUGGUUUCCAUAUCAUAUGUUCUUCAUCUAUGCAUACCACAACAACGAUGUAACUUCUACCAAGUAUGUUCAGCACAUGUACUUAGGAUUCUACUGGCUGGCUAUGUCGAACGCUAUGGUAAAUCCAAUAAUUUAUUAUUGGAUGAACAAAAGAUUUCGACUCUACUUUCAACAGAUAAUGUGUUGCAAUUGUUGCACUUCAGGAAAACAUAAAAUUGACUCGGCGGACAUAAUUGCUAAUAAAAGAAGCAGUUUCCAAAAAACUGCGAAAGGUGAUGGCAAAAAUAUUUGGAAGCGAAGUACAAUGGAGACACAAAUACAGGUUGCACAAACAUCUCUACGCGAUAGAAUCACGAGCGAUAAAAUGCCUAAGAAAGUUAUAGUAGACUGCAUUCAAGAGAAAGCUAAAGAUGAUUUGGGUUCUCCAGUAUACAUUUCUUUCAAAGAUGGACCGAAUCACCAUCGCAUAAGGAUUAAAUGUAUUUCAUGUGACGAAGACAAUAAGCCCGGAAACGAUAUUCAAAAAAGAGACAACAAUGAAACUUUGUGAUUGUAUCUUCGAAGUAUACAUAUGUACAUGUGUAGAUAAGUGCAUACAUAUAUAUGUAGAUAUUACAGCUCGGUUUUUCCUUGAUUUGCGUUUGGUUGAAUAUUAUAAGCUCCAACUAAAAUUA